AAAGAGAGCGAUAGAGAGCCAGACAGGAGGAGAUAGAGAUAGAGAGAGCGCGCGCGAAAAGAAAAAAAUAAUAAAGUAAACGGUUGUUGUUUUUGUGUUUUUGUAUUUUGUACCAGCCGCAGCAUCCCGCCAUUGUUGCUGAUUUUGUUAUAGUUGUUGUUACUGUUGUUGUUGUAUUUGCAUCGCGUGUAACUGUAAAACUGUGCCGCCAUCGUCGUCGUCGUCGUAGUCUCCAGCUGUGCACCCUCGCCCGCAUCGCGUCGCAUCGCAUCAAUUGCACUAAUUUCUUCAAUCAGCGCACAAGAAUCCGCCCCCAUCCCCUGCCGCACACACAAACAGACGGCCACCCACACACAUACACACAAACACAUACACACACACACACAGUUAGAUAUUGAAAAACUAUAAAAAUGCCUUAUCAGCCAGCGGGCAAUAGCAGCGGCGGCAGUAAAACGGCAAAAAUGUCGCAGCUAAAGUUCUGGAACAAGCAGAACAACAACAAGCAGCAGGAGAAACAGCUGCAGCAGGACAGCAGCGGGGAGAGCAUCAUUGAUGGCAGCACUGGCGGUGGCAGCAACGGUGGCAGCAACGGCGUCAGCGGAGGCGGUGGCAACUCAAAAAGCGAGUCGAAAAGCGGCAAACGCAACUGGCUGCAUACGCCGGAGCAGCUGAUCAACGGACACGCCGUCUAUCUAGUCAAGUUCUUUGGUAACCUGAGCGUGGACCAGCCCAAGGGCAUUGAGGUGGUCAAGGAUGCUAUACGCAAGCUGCAGUUUGCCCAGCAAAUGAAGAAGGCGGAGACGGGCACACAGGAGAAGUUCAAGAAACUGGAGAUCACCAUUAGCAUCAAGGGUGUCGCCAUUCAAGAGCCGCGCACACAUAAAAUCUUGCAUCAGUUUCCGCUCUACAACAUCUCAUACUGUGCGGACGAGAAGGGUGUGAAAAAGUUCUUCAGCUUCAUUGCCAAGACGGUCAAGUCCAAAGACAACACAAUGGAUACUAAUGGCUACAGCAACAAUAGCAGCAACACUAACGGCAACAAUGGCACCUCAAAGCCAGAGGAGACGCACGAGUGUUUUGUAUUCAUUUCCAAUAAGUUGGCCUCCGACAUUACGUUGACCAUUGGACAGGCUUUCGAUUUGGCCUACAGAAAAUUCAUGGACAGCAAUGAGAAGACGAAUUUAAACAAGGCGCAACAGCAGAUUGAGCAUCUGCAGCAAACGAUUGCUGUCUAUAGGGAUCGCCUGCGUGAACUGUCCGCCAAAUUGCCAAAGGCCGAGCUAGAUGCCAUGUUGUACAAGCUGGGCAUCAAGGAUAUUGUCGAGGCGCCCAUCCAGGAGCUCAAUGGCAACGAAACGUUGAGCAACGGCAAGCUAGAUGAGGACAAGCUGCUGAUUGAUACCAAUUCGACGACGGCCUCAACGCAUUCGGCGUCGCCUAAUUCGUUCUUGCCCAUUGUGCCGCCACGGAGCAAUCUGUCCAGCCAGAUGAGCAGCAGCAGCAGCGGCGGCGGUGGUGGUGGUGGCAGCAAGAGCAAUAGCCAGAAAAUGGAUGAGCUGCUGUUGAAUUCGGAUUCAGAUAGCGAUUUUGAUCCACGAGCCGAUGAGAUACAGGAUAAUCUCAGCAAUGGUCGCAAUGCCAUUAGCAAUGAUCUGUUUGGCUUUGAGCCAUCGAAGAGUUUUGGCCAACAGCUCUUUUUCAACAACAACGAUCACAAGCUGCAAAACAACAACAACAGCAGUCUGAGCAAUAAUAACAACAACAAUAAUAACAACAUGAGCAUCAAUAGCAGCGGCUUCUCCAGCGAGCUAAACAUAACGCCACCAUUAUUGGCGCCACCGCCAAAAAUUGGGGCGCCACGUCGUAGCACCUCGGUGACCAACAGUGGCCUCAAUGGCAACACGGACCUGUUUGGCUCCGAUCCAUUUGAAAUGAAUAAUGGACCCAGCGUGUUCAAGAAUCAGCUGAACAUUGAUGAUUUCUCGUUGGAGAGCUUGGAUCCGUUGCGGAAGUGAGGGCGGAAGGAGAGCUGGUGCUAAUUACGCCAUUUGCGCAACACGAAGAAGAUGAAGAAGAGUUGUGUUACUAUAUAUGAGAGUAUACAGUUUGUAUCUUAGCUUAUUUCCGAUAUUUGCCUGCUGCUGCUGAUGCUGCUAAAUUCAUGUUAAAUUUUUGAGUUGAGUUUUGAGCUUGAAUUAUAAAUAUUGUAUGUGUAUGUGUAUUAUUGUUUAUAUAAUUUUAUAUUGCAUAUUAUGUAUGAUUAUUAAUUAUGAUUAUUAUAUAUUAUAUAUUAUCGAAUCCAAUGCACUUUGUUUAAACGAAUCAAUUGUUGCUGUAGUUAAAUAGUUUAAAUGAAUGUCAAUUGUCGAGCAAAACGUAAAAGGUAAAAACAAAAAAAAGAAAUACGUCAGAAACGUCGUGAUAAUGUGCAAACGCUAAAAACCUAAAUGUGAGAAUUUUGUAUAAAAUAAUUGUAAAGCUAAACGAAUAUUAUAAAUAUAUCUAUAUUCUUAUAUAUACAUAUAUAUAUAUAUGUGUAUCCUUCUGUCUAAACAUGUCUAAACCAAGCACACGCAAUUAAUUAUUGUAUAGCUCAGCA